AUGCGGAAUUACUCGUUGCUGGGCGGACGGCGAACGGAUGCGACGUUUGUUGCGCAGAACGGUCGAUGGGACGAUGGAAAAAAAAUCCCUUUCAUUACGUGUGUGGAACGUAACUGGCGGGCGCUCGCUAGGUUUUGUGCCUCAUUUUCUGCUUCCCGAUUUUCCAGCUUCCUGGUGAGUUUCAUGGUGGACGCUCGCGGGGGCGCCAUGAGAGGCUGCCGGCACAACGGUCUGCGCAUCAUCAUUCCGCCGCGGAAAUGCACCGCUCCGACGCGAGUGACGUGCCGGUUGGUGAAACGCCACCGGCCUCCCAUGGUGGAAGGCGAAGGUCUGGCCAGCCGCCUCAUCGAAGUGGGACCUUCUGGGGCUCAGUUUCUUGGGCCUGUGAUUGUGGAGAUUCCCCACUUUGCUGCUCUGCGUGGGAAAGAGCGAGAGCUGGUGAUCCUGCGCAGUGAGAACGGGGACAGCUGGAAGGAGCAUUUCUGUGAAUACACUGAGGAUGAACUGAAUGAAAUCUUGAAUGGGAUGGAUGAAGUACUUGACACACCGGAGGAGCUGGAGAAGAAACGCAUCUGCCGCAUCAUCACCCGAGAUUUCCCGCAGUAUUUUGCCGUGGUGUCCCGCAUCAAACAGGACAGCAACCUCAUCGGGCCCGAGGGAGGGGUGCUGAGCAGCACUGUUGUUCCACAAGUGCAGGCGGUCUUCCCCGAAGGGGCUCUGACCAAACGGAUUCGCGUUGGCCUCCAGGCUCAACCUAUGCACACUGAACUUACCAAGAAGAUUUUAGGCAACAAGGCUACCUUCAGUCCUAUCGUCACGCUGGAACCCAGGAGAAGGAAGUUCCAUAAACCCAUCACGAUGACGAUUCCUGUCCCCAAGGCCUCCAGCGACGGGAUCAUGAACGGUUACGGAGGCGACACCCCCACUUUAAGGCUACUAUGCAGCAUAACAGGAGGAACCACCCCUGCCCAAUGGGAAGACAUCACCGGAACGACGCCGCUGACGUUUGUUAACGAGUGUGUUUCCUUCACGACGAAUGUGUCUGCCAGAUUCUGGUUGAUAGACUGUCGACAGACGCAAGAGUCCGUUACUUUUGCUUCCCAAGUGUACAGAGAGAUUAUCUGCGUCCCCUACAUGGCCAAAUUUGUGGUGUUUGCCAAAUCACACGAUCCCAUUGAAGCGCGGCUGAGGUGCUUUUGCAUGACGGAUGACAAGGUGGAUAAAACACUAGAACAACAAGAAAAUUUUGCUGAAGUUGCCAGAAGCCGGGAUGUAGAGGUCUUAGAAGGAAAACCCAUCUACGUCGACUGCUUUGGCAAUUUGGUGCCGCUAACAAAGAGCGGGCAACAUCAUAUAUUCAGUUUUUUUGCCUUCAAAGAAAAUAGACUUCCUCUCUUUGUUAAGGUGCGAGAUACCACUCAAGAACCCUGUGGACGAUUAUCAUUCAUGAAGGAGCCAAAAUCUACAAGAGGCCUCGUUCAUCAAGCCAUAUGUAACUUAAACAUCACUUUGCCCCUUUACACAAAGGAGUCAGACUCAGAUCAAGAGCAAGAAGAAGAGGUUGAUAUGACUUCUGAAAAAAAUGACGAGACAGAAUCUACUGAAACAUCUCUCCUGAAAAGCCAUCUGGUUAAUGAAGUCCCUGUCCUAGCCAGUCCAGACCUGUUGUCUGAAGUUUCGGAGAUGAAACAAGAUCUGAUCAAAAUGACUGCCCUCUUGACAAGUGACCCCUCUGACAAAUCGGGCUCCCUUAAAAUGAAAGACCUGGGAAAAGCCACUGAAGACGAGCCAGGAGAGCCUUUUGAUAUCGUGGAAAGAAUGAAGGAAGACUUAGAAAAAGUAAAUGAAAUUCUGCGAGGGGGCUCCUAUAGUGGCGACGAGCGUCUUUUGUCCGAGGCCCUUUCCGAACGAGAGCUCGCGGCUGAAGAAGAAUGGGUCGUCGUCAGCGACGAAGAAAUCGAAGAGGCCAGGAGAAACGCUCCUGGAGAAGUCUCUGAACCUCCCUGCGUAGAAGUCAGGGUAGACAAAGGGGCAGCAAAAACGGAGCGGGCAGACAUGACAGGGAUGGUCGAUUACCUUACAGAGGACUUAAAAACAUACGUUUCUCUUCACGAGGUACAGCCACCAGCCUCUCAGGAAGACUUGGUAGGAGAGAGGUUUGAAGCUGUGGUAGUCAGCCGGGAUUCUGAGAAAGGAGGGCAGGAACCUCCGGUGUCUGAGACGCGAAGUCCGCAAGAGCCGCGCAAGCCAACCCUGGAAAUGAAGAAGCCAACUAGGACGAAAGUAAAAGACAAGCCAAAGCAAAAGGAAGGCAAGACGCGCGGCAGCGAAGAGCAGGCAGGCUCGAGGAAACUCGCUUCGGACGAGUCACGAGGCGAGGAAUCGGGCUUAACGCCGGCUGCUCACGAGGCUAAAGCGGUGUCCCCCGUGAUUGAGGAAACUCCCAUCGGUUCCAUAAAAGAGAAGGUGAAAGCUCUUCAGAAACGAGUGGAAGACGAACAAAAGGUACGCUCCAAACUACCCGUCCGCAUUCAAACGAGAGAAGGCCCUGCUGAGAAGGCUCCUAAAAGACCGGCACAAAUCAAAAAGCCGGUGGCGCACAAAGCACCGGCGCCUGUCUCGCCUUCUUCUUCGAAGACGGAGAGACUCGAAGAGACCAUGUCCGUUCGUGAGCUGAUGAAAGCCUUCCAGUCGGGUCAAGACCCGUCCAAGAAUAUCUCCGGGCUCUUUGAGCACAAAUCAGUCAAACAGAAGCAACAGCCGCCCGAGAAGGAAACGAGCCGGCGAAAACCUGUUUCCUCCUCGCAAAGCGAAACGAAGCGAGCAUCAAGCUACAAGACGGACAAACCCAAGGACAAGCCGAGCACGACCUUAAAAGCAGAGAAGGAACCACAAUCCAAGAAAGGCAAGGCACAUGUUUCCGCCCUCGAAACCACCAAGAAAACUGUAGGUAAAGAUCAGGUCAAAGAGCAGAGCAGCAAAAAACCAACAGAACCUCUCCCUCCAGUACUGGAUGAUGCCAGUGCCAAAGAGACAGCGGCCAUCAAGGGCAAGGCUUGCGAUGACCAGGGAGAGCCCGACUUUCAGAUCAGCCCCGACCGAAAAACCUCCACAGACUUUUCUGAGGUCAUCAAAGAAGAGCUGGAGGAUAACGACAAAUAUCGCCAGUUCCGCCACCUUUCGGUGACAGAGGAGGGAGAGCUGAACCCAGAGCAAGUCCUGACCAGUCCUUUCGGCGUGACUUUUCCCACCGAGGAGGGGAAAGAGGGAUUCCUCCCGGCUCUUUCUUUGCAAAGCGGCGCUCUUGACGGGAGCUCCGAGAGCCUUAAACACGAAGGUGUGGCUGAUUCUCCAGGGAGCCUACUCGACGGCACGCCUCAGAUCAGCUCAGAGGAAAGUUAUAAGCACGAGGGUCUGGCAGAGACUCCAGAAACAAGCCCCGAGAGCCUUUCGUUCUCACCGAAGAAAGCCGAUGGGCAAAGCGAAGAAGCCCGGGGAGCGGCUGGAGCACGUGCCACUGCCGCAACGCAUUCUCCGAAGGAAGAUGAAAAAGGUAUUAGUGAAAGGCAGCUCGAUGCUGUCACGGAGACUAGUCAGUCUCAUUGUGACCGUGUAGCGGAAGAGCUUGUACCUACAGCCUCUGGCGAAGAGGCUGAUAAACUUAAAGCGAGUAGCUCAGCUUCCGCUGUGACAGAUGGUAGCGGGGCCAAAGAAUCCAGGACCCCUGCACACUUAUCUCAGGCUGCUGAAACCCAUGACCCUGCUUUAGAGAAAGACAAAGAUCUAAGCUGUGAACGCCGCGUGGCAGUUAGAAGCCCCCAGAAAUUGGAACUUUCGCUAACGAGCCACGAUAGCGAAAGCUUUAGCCCAGUCGCAGAUGACUCUUUGGCCGUAAGUCACAAAGACUCGCUGGAAGGAAGCCCGGUGCUAGAAGAUAAUUCGUCGCACAAAACGCCCGAUUCUUUGGAGCCCAGCCCCAUGAAAGAAUCUCCCUGCCGGGAUUCUCUCGAAAGCAGCCCCGUAGAGCCGACGGUGAAGGCUGCUCUUCUGGGGCAGGGUCCUCUUCCACCCGCCCUUAGCAAAGGUGAGACCUGCCCAGAGCUGGCCUCGGUGCGUUCCCGGAUUCUCCGCGACCCCGAGGCGAGUGCCGAUGACGACAGUCUGGAGCAGACAUCCCUCGUGGAGAGUUCGGGGAAAAGUCCCCUUUCGCCCGAGACUCCUAGUUCAGAAGAAAUUAGCUACGAGAUCACCCCCAAAACCGCCUCGCAGGCCCCGUCCAGUGUGCCGAAGCCGGCCGCAAUCCCCGAAGUCGUUGAAGAACCCGAGGACGAUUCUGAAAGCGAACCCAAGAAAAGAUUCACUCCAGAGGAGGAGAUGUUUAAAAUGGUGACCAAAAUCAAAAUGUUCGAUGAAUUAGAGCAAGAAGCCAAACAGAAGAGAGAUUACAGGAAGGACUGCAAGCAGGACGAAGCUUCCACAGGCACCGACAUGGAAGCUGCUCCCGAGGCCGAAGAAGCCAAGCUGACAGCUGUAGAAGAGAACGCUGUCUCCACUGUGGUGACAUCUGCCUCUGAAGGGAGACAAAGUUCUUCCUCUUCAGAGAGUGAGCCGGAACUGAGCCGGCUCAAAAAAGAAGCAACCUCGAGCCUCUUGACGGAGCCUGUGAUCCAAGUGCAGCCUCCGUCCCCAUUACCGUCCGGUCCAGAUUCCGGUUUGAGCCCCGACAAAGUGAGUUCACGAGACCUCGAUUCCAACGAGCGCUCUGUCGGGAUAGGCGCAGUUGCGGUGGAGCAGGGUGACCCCAGAGAAUAUGACCAAGAGGAACCACUUCUCCUUGGGGGUGGCCAUAAGUCUUCCGCGAGGGACUUGAACGCUUGUCGUUCCGACGGUUGCGACGUAUCCCAGUGCGACGGCGCAGGUUGCGGUGAGACGAUCCCGGCAGCCGGGACUCCUCUGUGUCAUUCUGAUGGUGACUGUUCUCCGAGAGACGCUCACGUGGAGUCUUUGCUACAGCAGGACAAUCCUACAGGAAAAAGCGUCCGAAGCGCCAUGUUGUCGUCACCAGGUGCAGAUCUUGGUUUUACACAAGCUGUGUGUGGGGAAGAGGAGGACAGUUCCCGUGGACACAGGACGCCUGAGCGCUCUGCACCACGAGACAGCGAACCGGCAGAAGGCAGCGCCGCUGACCGUUCUGCUUUGGGAGAAGCAAAUUCAGGUUUGGAAAUAUCUCGGAGGGAUAGUCACACUGAGGAACCCUACCUGGAGUCAUCCCUUACUAGUGAACCAACACAAGAUGAUAGUUGUGUAGCAGCCACUGCAGAGAGCAGCACUCCUUAUAUAGUAAGCCCUUACGAAAACGUGUCUUCAGCGUAUUUCUUUCCUGACGCCAAAGGUCAGGUGGGAUCUGGUACGAGUCCUCUUUCUCGGGACAGCUCGGCUGUUGAAGGAGGAAAAGAUCAGAGCGGCGAAGCUUUACUUAGCGAUGACACGGGUGGCGAGUAUCACUCUUCCGAGGAAGUGUGUCUGGAAACAGAGGCAGAAGUGAAGUACGCGUUUCAGAAAACGCCACAAGGGUCUUCAGCGCCAGAUUCGGCGCCAUUAGACGAAUGUGCCCUUGAGGACGCGAGCGAUGAAACCGAGCAAUCCCUCGGUCGAGUCGUCAUCACCAAAACUGAUGCAGAUUCCGACGCGUGGAGCGAAAUCCGCGAAGACGACGAAGCUUUCGAAGCCCGGGUGAAGGAAGAGGAACAGAAGAUAUUUGGCUUGAUGGUUGACCGGCGGUCACAAGGCACCACACCCGAUACGACCCCGGCCCGAACGCCCACUGAAGAAGGGACACCUCUUAGUGAACAAAAUCCUUUUCUUUUUCAGGAGGGCAAGCUCUUUGAAAUGACAAGAAGCGGCGCCAUUGACAUGACCAAAAGGAACUAUCCGGAGGAAAGCUUCCAUUUCUUCCAAAUGGGGCAGCAGCCACCGGAAGAAGUUUGUUUCUCUGAAGAAGCCAAAGAAGCAGCAGAGGUGGAAUGUUGUCAGCCGAAGAGCUCACCGGAUCCCUUUUUGCCUUCUGAGUUGGAGGACUCAGAGAUACAUCAACAAGAGACAGAGAAAUAUUCCUUGCCGACGUCUGAGCCCAGCGAUCCAUCGGAAGAAAUGAUGGGUGAAGGCGUUGGCACGGCAAAAGCCGAUCUCAAAUCCAGAAUUCCGAUUAAAAUGGGUAUUUCAGCUUCUUCCAAAUCGCCAAAGAAAGAAUCUGCUGCCUCUGAAGCUGAGCCCCUCUCCGCCACGGAAACCGACGUGGUCGAUAGCGGUCCGGUGCCUUGCCCCAUCUCUCCAGAGCAGUCUGUUGUGGAGGACAGGUUAGACUUUCCCCAAGUCCCUAAAGGAGUUGGGUCUGAGCAGGGUGAGGAGUCCCCAGGCUCUUCUCCAGAGGAACAGAGAUCCGUCAUCGAAAUCCCUACUGCUCUAAUGGAGACCGUGCCUUCUAGCGAAAGCAAAUCCAAAAUUCCCGUGCGAACAGCCGUCGCCACGUCGCCGCCCUGGCAGCCAUGGGAAACCGAGAGCCUUUCUCCCACCGACGCCUUCCUCGACGGUUUGCAGUGGGAAGGAAAAGAGGAGCAAGCAAAACCAAAGUCGAAAAUUCCCGUCAAAGCAGCUUUCCAAAAAGCUGACCCGCCGCAUCCCUCCGUGGACGCAUCCGUCCGCAAGCUGGAGUCCCCCAGAGCCAUUGAUGCGACCGGCAAGUUCCCGACGAGACCGGACGACCGCAGUAAAUCCGAAUCUGACGCGAGCUUUCCCGUGGACCCAAAGACUAAACGUUCCCUAAAAGCUAGGAGUUAUGCUGAGGCAGAAGUGGAGAGCAGGGAAAGGGAGGUGCAGCUUGAGCUAGACUCGGACGAGGCGGCGGCGAGACCCAAGGUAUUUUCGUCCCGGCUGCCAGUUAAAAGCAAAAGCGCUACAGCCGCUCGCAGCGCUUUUAGUCCCACCAAAGAAAAUAAAGAACAGUUUUUUGACCUUUACAAAAACUCCCUAGAGUUCUUUGAAGAAAUUAGCGACGAAGCUUCUAAAUUAGUGGAGAGACUCACGCAGUCAGAGAGAGAACAAGAAUUAGUUUCAGAUGACGAAAGCAGUAGCGCCCUAGAAGUUUCAGUUAUUGAAAAUUUGCCCUCCAGUGAGACUCAGCAGUCAGUUCCCGAAGACAUCUUUGACACCAGACCCAUUUGGGAUGAGUCCGUAGAGACUCAGAUUGAACGUAUCCCUGACGAAAAUGUCCAUGACCCCGCUGAAGAUCGACGGGACGAUCGGGAAAGGACCGAGGAGCGUCUGGCCCACAUCGCCGAUCAUCUUGGAUUCAGCUGGACGGAGCUUGCAAGAGAACUGGAUUUCACGGAAGAACAAAUUCACCAGAUCCGAAUUGAAAAUCCUAACUCGCUUCAGGACCAGAGCCACGCGCUGCUCAAGUACUGGCUGGAGAGGGACGGGAAGCACGCGACAGAUACCAGUCUGACCCAGUGUCUCACAAAAAUCAACCGGAUGGAUAUCGUUCACCUCAUGGAGGCCAGCGGCAUCGACUCCUCGCCGGGCCAAGGGGCGCGCACGUACGCGGAAAUCGAACAAACCAUCGGAUUGGACCAUAGUGAAGGGUUUUCAGCACUGCCAGCAGAACUGUACAGUUCCAGACACGCGGCAGAGGAACACCACCAGCACCAGCGACUCACGAAAGACAGCGAGUCGACGGAGCAUCCGCCCAUCGUCUCCGAGGAGGACGUCUCCGUCAGUUUUUCUCCUUUCCCGGACAGCACUCCUAGGAGCGAGGCGGAAGCGUCAAUGGCCGAGCUCCUGCGACAGGCGCACAGGGAGCAGGUGGGAGGUGACAUCUCAGGGAAACACGGCGAAGACGUGGCACCGUCAGACUGGCAACACAAAUACAGGUUAGUGGUAAAGGAUUCACGGGUUGGCGUCAGGCAGGAGCGGCAG